AAAUCAUCAGUCGGUGGUUUUUUUUAGAACCCAAUACACAGCAUUAAUCACAAAUAUCCAGUUUCAAGCUGAAAAUAAUAAACAUAAUUUGAAGUGUAAUAUAUUAAAUAGCCUAACUCAUUAAUGGAAUGUUUUUGUUCCGACGCUGCUGUACUGAUGAUCCUGAGGAGGCCAUGACUACUGAAGGGACAGCCUCAGAGCAGCAGAUAAGCCUGAUAAGUCUGAUCCUGCUGGUGAACCGAGUAGGCAUGGAGAGGCCAGGACUACAGAGACAGGCCGACAGAACGCUCAGGGGAGGAUGUUGAUAUUAUUUUGCCCUGGCUUAAGGGAAUGAAGGCUUUUGAAAAGUUUCAUCUCAGCCUUCUGCAACAGAUUUGUAUGUGUGGUUUCUAUGAGUAUCUUGAGAAAGGAAUCACAUUGUAUCGGCAGGGAGAUAUUGGUACAAGCUGGUAUGCAGUUCUUUCCGGUUCACUUGAUGUGAAGGUCUCUGAGACAGCUAACCAUCAGGAUGCAGUAACUAUCUGCACAUUGAGAAUAGGAACAGCAUUUGGAGAGUCUGUCCUGGACAACACACCACGACAUGCUACGAUUGUCAGUCGAGAAAAUAGUGAACUCCUGCGCAUUGAACAGAGGGAGUUCAAGACCCUGUGGGAGAGAUACAGACAAUGCAUGGCAGGACUACUUGCUCCACCUUAUGGGGUGAUGGAGAGUGGAUUGAGCAAUGACAGAAUGCCAGACAAGGACAGCUUUUCAAAUGAUCAUUUAAAUUCUUUAUCAAAAAAUAAGGUUCCAUCAAAAAACAUUUUGAGAGCAGGAAAGGUCUUACGAAAUGCUAUUUUGGCUCAAGCUCCCCACAUGAUCAGAGACAGAAAAUACCAUCUAAAGACAUACAGGCAGUGUUGUGUAGGCACUGAGCUUGUUGAUUGGAAGCUACAGCAGAGUUUAUGUGUUCACAGUCGAGCCCAUGCUGUUGGUACGUGGCAGGCUUUGCUUGAGGAGGGGGUUCUUAACCAUGUGGACCAUGAACUUAACUUCCAAGACAAGUACCUGUUCUACCGUUUUCUUGACGAUGAAGAAGAGGAUGUGGUGUUGCCUAGUGAAGAUGAAAAACGAGAGGCAGAGGAAGAGCUGCAGGAAAUCCUCCUCUUUCUUUCUCAGAUUGGCACAGAUGCACAUAUGCGCAUGAUUCUCAGAAAAACGCCAGGGCAGAGGACACCUGAAGACCUGGAGAUUAUUUAUGAUGAGCUGCUGCAUAUCAAGGCCCUCACCCAUUUUUCCAACACCGUGAAGAGAGAGCUUGCUGGUGUACUUAUAUUUGAGUCACAUGCAAAAGCAGGCACUGUCUUGUUUAAUCAGGGUGAAGAAGGCACCUCCUGGUACAUCAUCCACAAGGGUUCUGUAAAUGUGGUUAUUUAUGGCAAGGGAGUGGUAUGUACACUGCAUGAGGGUGAUGACUUUGGUAAGUUAGCAUUAGUAAAUGAUGCUCCACGUGCUGCCUCCAUUGUACUUAGAGAGGACAACUGCCACUUCCUUCGAGUGGACAAGGAAGACUUCAACCGCAUUUUUAGAGAUAUUGAAGCAAACACAGUCCGUUUAAAAGAACACGAUAAGACAGUAUUGGUGCUUCAGAAGAGUCUUCGUCCCUCUGGUCAUGCAAUUGUUCCUGCACACUUCAAGUACACUGUAAUGGCGGGGACCCCAGAAAAGAUUCUAGAACAUUUGCUCGAGACAAUGCGGCUGGAUAUUCAUUUUUCUGAGCCAGAUCCAGCUCUGGAUGACUUUGUUCUCAUGCAUUGUGUCUUCAUGCCCAACAGUCAACUGUGCCCUGCCCUUUUGGCCCAAUAUCCUACCCAAAACCAUGUCAAUAUCAUUAGUAACAAAAUAUCUCAGGUAUCAGAGCAAGAGAGUCUGGAUUAUGUUUCAGCCAAUAAGCGGCGUGUCCUAAAUCUGACUUUGCGGUGGGCAACACUUCAGGCUGACUAUCUUUUAGAAGAUGACAUUGCACUCAGCUUUUUAGAGGAGCUGUAUGGGUUUGUGUCUAAUGAUACCAGGGUGUUAUGCCAAUUAUCAGAAUUACUACCAGAGUUUGAGAAAAUCAUCAGACAGUACCCUGAUGAUACCAGAACUUCUCAGAAAAAGCAUAAAAUUCUAGUGAGCCAGUACAGCCCUGGACAAGAAAGACUUGCAAGAAAACAACCAAUCAGAAGCUUUGACGACAUACUACUAAAAGUAUACUGCAGUGAUCAUACCUGUACCACCAUACGAGUUCCUGUCCUGGCCACAGGAAGAGAGGUCAUGGCAUCUGUUGCAGACAAACUUGGAUACACUGAAGAACUGCUUUUAAUUAGCCUUAGUUCCUCUGGAGAAAAGCAGAUUCUGAAGCCUAAUGAUGUGUCAGUGUUCCAGUCAUUCGAAGUGAAUGCAAGAUUGUUUGUCUGUAGGAGAGACCAACUUGACCCACUGACUCCUCUUCCAGAACAAGAAGGUCCUUCCACAAGUUCCAUGUCUACUUUUGAGCUCAUGAGUUCUAAAGACCUAGCUUUUCAGAUGACCAUGUAUGACUGGGAACUCUUCAGCUGUGUGCAUGAGAAUGAGUUGGUGUACCACACGUUUGGGCGACAGGCAUAUCGGCGCUCUACAGUCAACCUUGACCUGCUGAUGCAUCGCUUUAAUCAGGUGCAGCUGUGGGUAGUAACUGAGGUCAGCUUGUGUGGCACGCUUAGCAAGCGGGUGCAACUGCUUAAGAAGUUCAUAAAGAUUGCUGCCCACUGUAGAGAGUUUAGGAAUCUUAACUCUUUCUUUGCCAUCAUCAUGGGCAUGUGCAAUACAGCUGUCAGCCGACUAAGUCAGACAUGGGAGAAGCUGCCAAGUAAAUUUAAAAAGUUCUAUGCAGAGUUUGAGAGUUUACUAGAUGCAUCCCGAAACCAUCGUAUGUAUCGCCUUACUAUGGCUAAAAUGGAGCCACCAAUUAUUCCUUACAUGCCACUUCUCAUUAAAGACAUGAUGUUUGUUCAUGAGGGAAACAAGACCUUUGUUGAUGGAAUGGUCAACUUCGAAAAAAUGCAUUUAAUAGCUAAUACAAUCCGGACAGUGAGACACUGCAAGAGUCAACCCUUUAAUCCUGAGACAACUCCAGCCAGUAAAAAUCCGCAGGAGGUGCGCAACUAUGUGCGUCAGUUGUCUGUGAUUGAUAACCAGAAGACCCUUUCACAACUCUCCUUCAGACUGGAACCUAGACGGGCCUAGGAACCUUAACACCUAGUGAUCUCUGUUUUAAUUUAUAGUUUUCAUGUUUUUCUCUUUCUUUCUCACACACACACACACACACACACACACACACACACACACACACACACACACACACACACACACACACACACACACACAUCUAUAUCCAUAACAUACAAUACCUACAAAUAGAAAAAGUAUACUUUACAAACAGUUGCAUAAAUCUUUGAAAACUGUCUGUGGUAGCUUAGCGGUUAGGGUACUUGACAACUGAUCUGUACUUUGUGUCUAAUCUGUAUACUGUAUUGUAAUUAAGUAGUAUUGUGUGUUUCCAGGUUUUUUUGUUUAAUGUGUGCAUAAACAUAGGGGCAAGGGUAGUCACAUGAAUUAAUACUGCCAUCCAUUUUUUGUGUAACAUCAUUUGUUUUUUAGAUGGGAUGGUGACAAAGUAUGGCAGUAUGAUAUGUGGAAGCACCCCACAACAAACCUUCCACUGACAUACACACCUCAAAAAAAUUAGGGUCUAGCAUUUUGUUUUUGGCCCCUAAGUUGGCAAAGAACAGAUAGGUAGUCAAUUACCACUAUCUGCUGAUAUACUAACACCAUAAAGCCUUUGCUCAAAAAUGGGUAAAUCAUCAUGAGACCAUAUUGUAACAAAAACCACCUUCAACUGGAAAAUGAUAUGCUAGCUCUACAAUAUUUUAGCUGUCCUUAAACCUAUGCCAUUUUAAAUUGAGAUAUAGCUGCUUCAUUAAUUUCCAAAUUGCUUAUCUGACACCAGUUCUGAAGUGCAGUAACAUGCUUUGAUUAUUGCUCCUCAGCGUACUCAUCCUUUAUAUUUAGUAGACCCAAGUAAAGCUAUGUCAUCUGCAUAUUUAAUUAUGUAAAAACUGGGUUCCCAGAUUUGACUCUGGGAGACACAAUAAGGAUCAUAUUUUUUUUGUAAUUUGGCCCACAUGGUAAACUAAAUGCCCUGGUAUCAUUUUUCAAUAUUAAUGUAUUCAACUUUUAGAAUAAUUUUCAAAAGGCAAAUAAAAUGCAUUUUCAAGUCUUUAAAUUCUUCUUUUUAAAACUAAACAUUUAACUGAUUUAAAACAACAUUGUAUACACAUAUGUCAUGGGCUACAUCACUACUGUAAUUUUAAGGACUGUAUUGCUGAACUUGUACUUUUAGUCAGUUUGUGGCAUUCUUAUGAUUAAUAUGUAGCACUCAUGUUGUAUAUAGAACAUUGUAAAUAAACACAUAUUACAGAA